UCAUUAAUGUGGCUCGCUUCACACAGCUAGCCGAGCCAUUCCUACGUAGCCGCUUAUUGCCUCUUUAUCCGACGUGUUAGGAAUCUUUACUUUAAAUUGUUUGGUUGGACAUACGAUGUUUCGUAGGAAGCUCACGGCUUUAGAUUAUCACAAUCCUUCAGGUUUUGACUGCACAGAUGAAACAGAGUUCAGAAAUUUCAUCGUAUGGCUGGAGGAUCAGAAAAUCCGACAUUAUAAAAUCGAGGAUCGUGGAAACCUCAGGAACAUCUCGAGCUCUGAAUGGCCCAAGUCUUUUGAAAAGUAUCUGCAAGACGUGAGCUGCCCUUUCAGCGUUCAGGAAAGGUGCGAGUCCAUCGACUGGCUGCUCGGCCUCGCAGUUCGGUUUGAAUACGCUGACAAUGUAGAGAAAUACAGAAACUGCGCACCUGCAGCCGAGGUGACCAACGCAACACAAAAACCUGCCGACCCUCUCAUUAACCUGGACAGCAACAAUCCCGAUUUUAAGGCUGGAGUCAUGGCCUUGGCAAACCUUCUCAAAAUUCAAAGACACGAUGACUACCUGGUGAUGCUCAAGGCCAUUAGGAUCCUCAUCCAAGAACGCUUGAGUCCUGAAGCCAUCGCAAAAGCCAGCAAGUCAAAAGAGGGUUUGCCAGUCACUUUGGACAAGCACAUCCUGGGCUUUGACACUGGAGACGCCACUCUGAACGAAGCAGCCCGUAUCCUCCGGCUCCUGCACAUCGAGGAGCUGCGCGAGCUCCAGACAAAAAUCAACGAGGCCAUCGUGGCCGUGCAGGCCAUCAUCGCCGACCCAAAGACCGAUCACCGCCUGGGCAAAGUGGGCAGAUGAUCACACACUCGCGUCACGUGGGCAGUGCGUAAUGGAAUGGGACGAUUGGUAUUUAAGUGUGCCAUGAUUGUGGACAAAGUCUUUUUUUUUUUUUUUUUUUUUCCCCCCCUCGUUUUUCUUUAGACCUAAAA